UCAAAACAUUAAAAUUUAAUUACCAUCAACAAUCAGCAGCUGUAUUUGCUCUUCAACUUUCGGGUUUUUUGUAAUUUAAUCUACAUACUUAUUAUAAAACAGAACGUAUUAUUAUACAUAAUAGUGCAAUAUUUGCAGCGGUUUUCCGUUGUAUAAUUUUUUUUAAAUUUCUCGGUAAAAAUGUUUGACCACGAUAUACGAAAUUAUGAUCUAAAAGUGGAGCUAGCAAAAUGCUUUAACGGUCACGGGAUUGUUUAUUUAGGGCAGCAUCUGCCAUCGAAACAGCAUGUUGCAAUUAAAAAGUUUCUCAUGGAAGAUUUGAAAAAUGAUUUUAACUUCAUAAUGGAAGAGUCGAAACAUUUGCGUGAAUUCAAUCAUUCAAAUAUUCUCAGCUAUUACACAGCUUUCGUGCACAAUCUUGACCUGUACUUUAUUCUUCCACUGAUGUGCUACGGUUCCUGCCGGGAUACGAUGAGCAAUUAUUUCGAAACCGGGUUUCCAGAGGUAUUGUUAGCUUGUAUCCUACGAGACGUAACCCACGGGUUGGAGUAUUUGCAUCGUAAAGGCUACAUUCAUCGUUCGAUCCGAGCCAGUCACAUUUUUCUAAACGAAUCCAGGGCCAUACUCGGCGGUUUUCGCGUUUGCACAAGUUUCCUAGGUGAAGGUAAAAGGGUAAAAACCCUACAUGAACUUCCGCCGCAUUCAACCAAAAGUCUAAAUUGGCUGGCUCCGGAGGUUCUGGCUCAGAAUCUUCUAGGAUACACGGAAAAAUCCGACAUCUAUAGUUUGGGAAUCACGACCUGCGAGCUGGCCAACGGAGUGGAACCGUUUAGUAACUUUCAAACCACAUUGAUGCUUACGGAAAAGAUGCGAGGUUAUCAGCCAUUGCUGCUGGACUGCACCACAAUUCCGAGUGAAGAAGUGUUUGCCCAAGCAAUGGAUUCUGGUAUCGGUGAUAGCAAUUCUACGCAGACUCGGCAGAUAUACGCCUCCAGACAGUUUUCGGAUGCGUUGCACAGAUUUGCCGAGCUUUGCUUAGUUUCGAACCCGAGCGAAAGACUGGGUGCGAUAGAUCUGCUCAAUCAUCCCGUGUUUAAGCAGUGUAAACACACCAACAUUCGGGAGCAGUUUGCGGCGUGCGGUAUAGAAACUGCGGAUUUUAACACGAUUAAAGAUUAUGAUCUCAAUUUGUCGAACGAGUUCUCAGGAAUGUCCAUGGAUACUAGUGGAGGUAAUUUCGAGUGGGAUUUCGAAGAGUCUUGAAUCACCGUGCUCAGUCCAGUCCCGCGCUUUCAUCACAUUACAGUUAUUUAACCACAUACCAAGUCGCCACAAUCAAAACAGUUAUACCUAGUUUGUUAUUUGAUAACACUUGGAUAAUCAAAUUGUUAUGGUUCGGAAACCCAGGAAAUGCAGGAUUGUAUGUUUUUAAAGAAACAAAACGAAACACCAGAAGACGUAAGUGUAUAAAUUA